GUGUGAUGGGUAGGUAACAGAGGACAGCUUCCCUUUCCUGCCAGGGCAUCAGCAUGACCGAGUGCUUCCUGCCCCCCACCAGCAGCCCUAGUGAACACCGCAGGGCGGAGCAUGGCAGUGGGCUGACCCGGACCCCCAGCUCUGAGGAGAUCAGCCCUACAAAAUUUCCUGGAUUGUACCGGACGGGUGAGCCCUCGCCUCCUCAUGACAUCCUCCACGAGCCCCCUGACAUAGUGUCGGAUGAUGAGAAAGACCAUGGGAAGAAAAAAGGGAAAUUUAAGAAAAAAGAAAAAAGGACUGAAGGCUAUGCCGCCUUCCAGGAAGACAGCUCUGGAGAUGAAGCCGAAAGUCCGUCCAAGAUGAAGAGGUCCAAGGGAAUCCAUGUGUUCAAGAAACCCAGCUUCUCUAAAAAGAAGGAGAAGGAUUUUAAAAUCAAAGAAAAACCCAAAGAAGAAAAGCACAAGGAGGACAAGCAUAAAGAAAAGAAAUCUAAAGACUUGACGGCGGCCGACGUCGUUAAACAGUGGAAGGAAAAGAAGAAAAAGAAAAAGCCCAUACAGGAGCCCGAGGUGCCUCAGGUCGAUGUUCCGAGUCUCAGGCCCAUUUUUGGCGUUCCGCUGGCUGAUGCGGUCGAGAGGACCAUGAUGUACGAUGGCGUUCGCCUGCCAGCUGUCUUCCGUGAGUGUAUAGACUUCAUGGAGAAGCAUGGCAUGAAGUGUGAAGGCGUCUACAGGGUUUCAGGAAUCAAAUCAAAGGUAGAUGAGCUAAAAGCAGCCUAUGACCGGGAGGAGUCUCCAAACUUGGAAGAGUAUGAACCUAACACUGUAGCCAGUCUGCUGAAGCAGUAUUUGCGAGACCUUCCGGAGAAUUUGCUUACCAAAGAGCUUAUGCCGCGUUUCGAAGAGGCUUGUGGGAGGGCCACGGAGACAGAGAAAGUGCAGGAAUUUCAGCGCUUGCUCAAGGAGCUGCCUGAGUGUAACCACCUUCUGAUUUCCUGGCUCAUUGUACACAUGGACCAUGUGAUUGCAAAGGAGCUGGAGACGAAGAUGAAUAUCCAGAACAUCUCCAUAGUGCUUAGCCCAACCGUCCAGAUCAGCAACCGUGUCCUGUAUGUGCUCUUCACACACGUGCAAGAGCUCUUUGGCACUGUGGUCCUAAAGCAAGUGACAAGACCUCUGCGUUGGUCCAACAUGGCAACGAUGCCCACACUGCCAGAGACCCAGGCAGGCAUCAAGGAAGAGAUCAGGAGACAGGAGUUUCUUUUGAAUUGUUUACAUCGAGAUCUGCAGGGUGGGAUAAAGGACUUAUCUAAAGAAGAAAGAUUAUGGGAAGUACAAAGGAUUCUAACUGCUCUGAAGAGAAAACUGAGGGAAGCUAAAAGACAAGAGUGUGAGACCAAGAUUGCACAGGAGAUAGCCAGCCUUUCAAAAGAGGACGUUUCCAAAGAAGAAAUGAAUGAAAACGAGGAAGUUAUAAAUAUCCUGCUUGCCCAGGAAAAUGAGAUCCUGACUGAGCAGGAGGAGCUCCUAGCCAUGGAGCAGUUUCUGCGGCGUCAGAUCGCCUCGGAGAAGGAGGAGAUCGAACGCCUCCGCGCUGAGAUCGCCGAGAUACAGAGUCGCCAGCAGCACGGCCGGAGUGAGACUGAAGAGUACUCUUCUGAGAGCGAGAGCGAGAGCGAAGACGAGGAGGAGCUGCAGGUCAUUCUGGGAGACCUACAGAGGCAGAAUGAGGAGCUGGAAAUAAAGAACAACCACCUGAACCAGGCAGUCCACGAGGAGCGUGAGGCCAUCAUUGAGCUGCGCGUGCAGCUCCGACUGCUCCAGAUGCAGCGAGCCAAGUCUGAGCAGCAGCUGCAGGAGGAGGAGGAGCCUGAGAGGCGAGGGGGCAUAGGCCCACCGCCCUGUGACGGUGUCCUCGAGGUCAAAGCAGCUAAGGAGCAGGUGAAGCCCUCCCCCAGCAAAGACCGGAAAGAGACACCCAUCUGAACUGCCUGCUGGGCCCUGUGCAUCUUACUGUAAGCGAGUGAGCUGACUGCUGCUCUUCUCGCUGUCUGUGGAGCUUCUCAGAUCUCCUCUUGCACACGUCUGGCUCCACGUCAGGCUCAGGUCCUGGGAGGGUGAAGCAGUGGACAUACAGGGGCUUACAGGGGACACACAAGUUUCCAGAUAGUGUCAGCUUAUUGGAAAAUUAAUUUUCUUUGUUAAAAAUAACUAUUUUAACCUUUGAGUGGCUUCUUUUUAAACCAAAAAAUCGUCUGUCUUUGCUUUUUUUUUUUUUUUUUUAAUCACAGCAGAAUCAGGAUCUCUUGUGGAAGGGUGGGAACCAAACCAGGCCGCUUCUGCACCUGCCUUGUGGACACUCGUGGUCUCGCCGGCCCACAGGGGCUCUGGCCACUCUUGUUUGUGCCUUCCACACCUUUUGGUGCAGAUUGUUCAGUGGGGAGCUGCUUCAGAUUUUCUGACUGGGUGUUCCUUUACCGGCCCUGUACCACUUUGCUUUCACGAUCAGUGUGAGUCAUCAAGAUGGCCUAGUUUGGUUGCAGACAGGUUACCUGUGGAGCCUGCUACCAGACUCGGCAGUGCAGGCCCAGUCAGUCACUGCCAGGGGUCAGCAAAGGCCUUUUCACUCAGGUGGUCAGAGGUGACCACCUUGACCCUGAGGCAUUAACACAAUGGAUGCUCAAACCAGAAACCUUUUACACAACUGAUCUUCCAAGAAACCAGAAUGAUUUCAGUUGCUUGCUUGGGCUCGGGUGUGCACAACUCUGCCAGGAUAAGCCAUGUAGAGAUGCUCUCCUGCAAAAGUUUCCACUCUGUCCUCAUCUCAAGGAGCUGCUCAAGGACUCCCUCGGACAACACUGAGCAGUGGGAAAGGGACAGCUGCCACCCAUUCCACCUGAUUUUUGCUCCCAGGUCAGGUGACUGCACCAAGGUGUCUGGGAGGCCUGACUCUUAGGCAGCCGGCCAGAUUGGGUUUUACUGUCAGAUGAGUGGCCUCCCUGGGAGCUCCCCUGUGGCUCUGAAGACAAACCCACACGAGGGCUCUAGCCUCCCCAGUUAGUAUUUAUUUCAGCACCUAUUUGAUGCAAUUCUUUUUUUUUUUUUUUUUUUUUAA